AUGGUGGACAAGGCAAAAGCCGCUGAAGCCAAAGCCAAAGGCAACACCGAGUUUCAGGCCAAGAACUUUAAAGAAGCCAUCAAGCACUUUACGGAGGCCAUCAAGCACGACCCAACGGAUCACGUGUUCUUUUCCAACAGGUCGGCGUGCUACGCAUCUUUGGAAGACUACGACAAAGCCUUAGAGGAUGGUCGAGAAUGCGUGCGACUGAAGCCCGACUGGCCCAAGGGCUAUACCCGAAAGGGCUUAGCGGAGUUCUUCCUUCAGAAGUAUGAUGAUGCAGCAGAAACCUACAAGGCAGGCCUCAAGCUGGCCCCGGAAGAUGCCACACUGAAAGAGGGCCUCAAGAAGGCCUGA